AAAAAGAAGUCGUAAAGCUACUGUGUCAUAAAAACCAAUAUUUGAGAAAAAGAUUCAAAUUUGAAUAGAAGUUAGAAAACAACAAAAUAACUAAAGGACUGUAAUCGAACGUAAUAAUGAAAGAUUGAUGCGCAAUCGACUAAUUUAAUCAAACGCCAUCUCGCGCUAUGUAAAAGUAUCUAUUAAAAUCAGUAGUUUUCCAGUUCAGUUUCGGCAUUCGCAUAAAACGUAAUCAAGUACACCAAGAAUUGUGACGGAUUACGAUUCAUCACGAUAGUCAGAAAUAGGCAAGAGGAGCAAAGAGGACACGCAAAAGAUGGCGGAAGCCGUUGUAGACGGGGCAAUGUCCCGAUUUUUUUGUCACAAAUGCAGUAUCGAAAUUGAACGUUUAUUACCUGAUUACACAUGUCCAAGAUGUUCGAGUGGUUUCAUAGAAGAAUUGGAAAGUGAUAGUAGUGACAGUGGCUCUAGAAUGCAUAUUAGUAAUGACAUAGAUGAUCUUUUAGAACGUUAUGCAGAUGUUCCUUUGGGAGGGGAAUAUGAAAUGGAGUUUUCCAAUCAGUCUGAAACACCAGUUAGUUCUAAUAGAAAUAAUGGUCCUGCUGGUAGAAGACGAGUUCAUUGGUCGCGUAAUGCUCAAGACACACGUCGUUCUAAUAGUCGUGGCAGACAAGAAGUACCUGUGUCUGUAGAGAAUUUCAUACAAGAUUUUAUACUUAAUCUCUCGGAAGGAGUAGCACAAGCUGCACAACUACCUGUAUUCAAUAUUAGACUGUUCUUGGGAAAUCCUGGAGAUUAUGUCUGGGGUCAAGAUGGCUUAGAUGCGAUUGUAACACAAUUAUUAAAUCAAAUUGAUGGGACUGGACCACCACCCUUACCACGAAAACAGAUUGAUGAAAUACCGACCGUAACUGUCAGUCAGUGUCAUGUGGAUAGUAAGCUUCAAUGUUCUGUUUGUUGGGAGGACUUUAAACUUUCUGAACCAGUUAAGCAACUUCCUUGUUUACAUGUAUAUCACGCACCAUGUAUUGUACCAUGGUUAGAAUUGCAUGGUACUUGCCCUAUUUGUAGACAGCACCUGGGUAAUCAAAAUUCAGCAGAAGUACAUCAGGAUACUGUAGGACGUAGCUUAGUCGCUCUCUUCAGGGCAACCAAUGAAUCAAACAAUUCUAGAACGCCAUCAACAUCAUCCUCGAGUGGUGAUAACUCCAGUAGUAACUCAUCGAGUGAGAUUUGAGAUUGAUUAUCCUGUCUUACUAUUUUCUUUACCCAGCCGAAAACACAAAUAUACACACACAACACGCGUCUAUUUUUCACUUUUUUCAAAUUUGUUUUCCGGCACUAGAGCGAUGCUCAUAUAUAUUUCAUCAAUAUUGUAUCUCGACAUUAAUAUAAAUUUCAAGCUUUAUACUUCAAUGAACGAUGUAAUGAAUCAUGAAAAAAAAUAAUGCAGUAUCAAAUUACAACUUGCAUGUGUUGCUUUGCAUGAAUUAUAACGAGAUAUGAACAUUAAAAAUCUAAGAAGGACGUGCGUAUUUAUAGUUAAACUAAUCCUUGUUGCUAUAUAUAUGUAUAUAUUUAUUUACGCGCGGUUGCAUAUACACAAUUUCAUAGCUUGAAAGAACACAGAUCAUGGAGUUUCCUAAACAGACUUAUCUGAAAUUUAAAAAGAAUGUAUGUUUCUUUAUAAAAAUUUAAAUUUGAAUGUUUAAUAAAUUUAACAUGAUACAAUAAUGUUUACAGAAAGAAAAAAAGGAAAAAAUACUGUAAUAUAAUCUAAGUGUAGGAAGUGUUAUAUAUAAAAAUAAUGGAACAAAUAUUAGUGACUUCAAUUGUGUACAGUUUAAUUAAAAAUUUAUGUAUCAAAUUCUUUCUAGUAUACUUUCUUUUUAAUUUACGUAAUUUUGAUUUUUGAUGCAAUUUAAUUAUAAUAUUUAUAUGAAUUUAAAAAGUGUUAAAAAAUUUGAUAUCUAUAUUCUUAUUUAUAUUUUUUUCUUAAAACGAUAUGUCUAUACUAGUAUUGUUUUAUAAUUUGUUAUUAAUAUAUUAUAUUUUGUUUUGAUUAUUAACAAAUUCUAUUCAAUUAAUAUUGAUUUAUGAAGUGCACCAAAAAUCAGUUAUGUAACAAUGUAAUAGAAAUUACGAAAAAUGAAAAAUGGACCAUAAUAUUUGUAUAUCUGUUUGAAAUUGUAUUUUAUUUUUGUUAAAAUAUGGGUAUGUACUGUUCUGUGUUAUUUAUGUCCUUAUUAUAUAAUUAAAUAUAAAUAUCAGCUUAUAUUAUAUUAGCUUAAUAUAUAAAUUGCUCAUUUAUUAUUGAAUUGAUAUAGGUUUGGUACAGAUGCAAAUUUGAUUGUUCGUAAUUUACAGCUGGUAAUCAGCUGAAAUAUCAGAGACAUAU